AGGAAGUUAUUAAUACGGCAUUUUGUCACGUCUAGUUGGAUAGUUAAAACAUAACCACUAUAUAUGAUUUAGCCAUUUAGGGUUGGAUUGGGUUUGACACCACGGUACAGUUAUACAGAUACCAUUUUUAAGAGAGUUUUGUCUGGUCUUAGACUCUUAGUAGCAUCCAAACUUACGCUAUUGAGAUGACUUUGUAGAUAGAGUAAAAACUGAAUCAAGUGUUUUGCUGAAUUGUGUUACCUGUUAGCUCCGAGAUGGAUGGAGAGAGCCCAGAGAUAAUGCCUGUAGAAUGCCCUGAUCCUGAGCCUGCAUCUUCAGAAAGUGGUGAUGACCAUGACAUACCUGAGCCUCUCAGCAGCAGGCUGUCCGUACCGUCCGGCGAGCUCAACCUGUACCGCGCCGCCGUCGCGCUCCGGCUCGUCCUCCUCGCCGCCUUCUUCCGCUACCGCGUCACCCGCCCCGUCGCCGACGCCCACGCGCUGUGGGUGACGUCCGUCGCGUGCGAGCUCUGGCUCGCCGCGUCAUGGCUGAUCGCCCAGCUCCCGAAGCUCUCCCCGGCCAACCGCGUCACGUACCUCGACAGGCUGGCCUCAAGGUACGAGAAGGGCGGGGAGGCGUCGCGGCUGGCGGGCGUGGACGUGUUCGUCGCCGCGGCGGACGCGGCGAGGGAGCCCCCGCUGGCGACGGCGAACACCGUGCUGUCGGUGCUCGCGGCGGACUACCCGGCGGGCGGCGUCGCCUGCUACGUCCACGACGACGGCGCCGACAUGCUGGUGUUCGAGUCGCUCUUCGAGGCGGCGGGCUUCGCGAGGCGGUGGAUCCCCUUCUGCCGCCGCCACGGCGUGGAGCCGAGGGCCCCCGAGCUCUACUUCGCCCGCGGCGUCGACUACCUCCGCGACCGGGCCGCGCCGUCCUUCGUCAAGGACCGCCGUGCCAUGAAGAGGGAGUACGAGGAAUUCAAGGUGAGGAUGAACCACCUCGCCGCGAGGGCGCGCAAGGUGCCGGAGGAAGGAUGGAUCAUGUCGGACGGCACGCCGUGGCCGGGGAACAACUCGCGGGAUCACCCUGCCAUGAUUCAGGUGCUCCUGGGUCACCCCGGCGACCGCGACGUCGACGGCGGCGAGCUCCCGCGUCUCUUCUACGUGUCGCGGGAGAAGCGACCGGGUUUCCGGCACCACGGCAAAGCCGGCGCCAUGAACGCGCUGCUCAGGGUAUCCGCCGUGCUUACCAAUGGCGCCUACGUCCUCAACCUGGACUGCGACCACUGCGUCAACAACAGCAGCGCGCUGAGAGAGGCGAUGUGCUUUAUGAUGGACCCGGUCGCCGGGAACAGGACGUGCUUCGUCCAGUUCGCACUGCGCGACAGCGGCGGCGGCGACUCCGUCUUCUUCGAUAUCGAGAUGAAAUGCCUCGAUGGCAUCCAGGGCCCGGUGUACGUCGGUUCCGGUUGCUGCUUCAGCCGGAAGGCGCUGUACGGGUUCGAGCCCGCGGCGGCGGCUGACGACGGCGACGACAUGGAUACGGCGGCGGACUGGAGGAGGAUGUGCUGCUUCGGGAGGGGGAAGAGGAUGAACGCGAUGAGGAGGUCCAUGUCCGCCGUGCCGUUGCUGGACUCGGAGGAUGACUCCGACGAACAGGAGGAGGAGGAGGCGGCGGGGAGGAGGAGGAGGCUGCGCGCGUACCGCGCCGCGCUGGAGCGCCACUUCGGCCAGUCUCCCGCGUUCAUCGCCUCGGCGUUCGAGGAGCAAGGGCGGCGACGCGGCGGCGACGGUGGCUCGCCUGACGCGACCGUGGCGCCAGCGCGAUCUCUCCUCAAGGAGGCCAUCCAUGUCGUCAGCUGCGCGUUCGAGGAGAGGACGAGAUGGGGCAAAGAGAUUGGAUGGAUGUACGGCGGCGGUGUCGCGACGGGGUUCCGGAUGCACGCGCGCGGGUGGUCGUCGGCGUACUGCUCGCCGGCGAGGCCGGCGUUCAGGCGGUACGCGCGCGCCAGCCCCGCGGACGUCCUCGCGGGGGCGUCGCGGCGAGCGGUGGCGGCCAUGGGGAUCCUGCUGAGCCGGCGGCACAGCCCCGUCUGGGCUGGCCGCCGCCUCGGGCUCCUGCAGCGGCUGGGCUACGUGGCCCGCGCCUCCUACCCGCUCGCCUCCCUCCCGCUCACCGUCUACUGCGCGCUCCCGGCCGUCUGCCUCCUCACCGGCAAGUCCACGUUCCCCAGCGACGUGAGCUACUACGACGGCGUCCUCCUCAUCCUGCUGCUCUUCUCCGUGGCCGCGUCGGUCGCGCUCGAGCUGAGGUGGAGCCGCGUGCCACUGCGGGCGUGGUGGCGAGACGAGAAGCUCUGGAUGGUCACCGCCACAUCGGCGAGCCUCGCCGCCGUGUUCCAGGGCAUCCUCAGCGCGUGCACCGGGAUCGACGUCGCCUUCUCCACGGAGACGGCAGCUUCGCCACCCAAGCGACCGGCGGCAGGAAACGAUGACGGGGAAGAGGAGGCAGCAUUGGCAUCGGAGAUUACGAUGCGGUGGACGAACCUGUUGGUGGCGCCGACGAGCGUGGUGGUGGCGAACCUCGCCGGGGUGGUGGCGGCGGUGGCGUACGGGGUGGACCACGGGUACUACCAGUCGUGGGGCGCGCUCGGCGCGAAGCUGGCGCUCGCCGGGUGGGUGGUGGCGCACCUUCAGGGAUUCCUCCGGGGGCUCCUGGCGCCGCGAGACCGGGCGCCGCCGACCAUCGCCGUGCUCUGGUCGGUGGUCUUCGUCUCCGUGGCGUCGCUGCUCUGGGUCCACGCCGCGUCCUUCUCGGCGCCGACGGCGGCGCCCACGACGGAGCAACCGAUCCUGUGAGAAUCACGGGAGUUGGGAGGGAUUGUAGGGCUGGGCCGUGCCGGGCCGAACCAGGGCUUUCCUCUUAACGAUGAUUAUUAUGUUGGAAUAAGUUCAUCUGAGGUCCCUUAACUUGUCAACGAAUUCGAUUUUUGUCCUUCAACCGAAAAACCAGAUACAAUGCAUCCCUUAACUAUCAAAAGUGGUGCAGAUGAGGUCCCUCGAUGGUUUUGACGGUGGUUUUGGCUGAUGUGGCACCUACGUGGCCGGUUUGACUCG